CAAUGCAGUAUCAUCAAAAAUGUUGUCAAGACCUUCAAAUACCUUUAUGGCCUGAGGUUUGAAGUGAAAGGGCUGGAGAACUUCAAGGUGGGCAGCCCCUGUGUCAUCGUGUCAAACCACCAAAGCAUCCUGGACAUGAUGGGCUUGAUGGAAAUCCUUCCAGAUCGCUGUGUUCAGAUUGCCAAGAAGGAGCUUUUGUACACGGGCAGCGUGGGACUAGUCAUGUACCUGGGUGGCGUCAUCUUCAUCAACAGGAAGAGCACGAGCAAUGCCAAGGUGGUGAUGGCGGAUGUUGCCAAGACCAUGCUGUCUGAGAACGUGAUGGUAUGGAUCUACCCGGAGGGCACAAGGAAUGGGAACGGUGACCUGUUGCCUUUCAAGAAGGGAGCCUUUCAUCUUGCCAUACAGGCACAGGUCCCGGUCAUUCCCGUGGUGUACUCCUCCUUCUCCUCGUUCUAUGACCGGAAGAAGAACCUGUUCACAUCAGGUAAAAUCCAGGUCGAGGUUCUCGAGCCCAUUGAAACCAAGGGUCUGACCCCAGAAGAUGUCACUGAGCUUACCAACAGAUGCUAUUCCACCAUGAGGGAGACCUUUUUCAGACUGUCUGGCUUAGUGAAUGAACCCAACAGCUCUGCCCAGACCCAUAUGCAGUAAUAUUGCCGUAUGUCAGGAACUGAGAGGACUCUUUCCAUUGCCAAAGAUAUCCAAGGGCUUUUCUUUCUGUGCAGCCAGCGUGGAGCCUGUUCUGACUCCGCUGUGGGUAACGCUGGUUGGCAAACCACGUGCCAGGCUGGCUCCACAGUUCUGCUGUGUACUGAAUCUCUUGUGGGGUCCUUGAUUCCUGUUGAAAUGUCUCCUGCAUUUUGAGUUUCUCCUACACCCAGCUCAAGCUAAUGAGGCUCUGUGCCCAAUGCAGCAACUUCAUGACCACUAGUGGAGGUUUGGGUAUUGCCUCUGACCAGGUUAGUGUUUGUAAGCCAACCAGUCCAGGGGAAGUUGGAGUAUGCAUCUCCAAGAGCUUACCACCCAGCUUGAUUUCUCCCAUUGCAAUGGGCAUGUACAGGAUUAAUGCAGCAGCUGUCCUCAUACUGCCAGCUUCUUGUACCCAUGCUCUGGAUCUCAGCACAGGGUGAUGGGGCUGAUCCUAGGCAAGUCUCUUGCUCACAGUGGGCAGCUGUUGGGGUGUUUUUGUUUUGUUUUUUUAUUAAGGUGCCUGCCCAGCACCAGGUCCUGAUGGCAGCUCCAUUCUUUGCAGUGUCUUACCAAAUGCGAAAGGCGCAAGUGGGGCAGGCUUGCACUGAAGAGCUGGUUGGGAGAUGGAAAAGAACCUCGCCCCGCUCGCCUGUACAGCUGUGCUAGCAAAUCCCCUGGUAUCAACACGCGGGUCUCAAAGCUGUGUAUGUGAGAUCACUGGAUGUUUAGGAAGGCCAUGUUAAUAUUUGGGAGUCCUGCUAUCCCAUGCGAUGUUUCCACUAGAGGGCUGUCCCGGUACAGCAUAGCAACACUAGCGCUCUUAGAGAAGCCUAUGGCAUCUGUAAAACCAUUGGUGAGCUGUUCUUCUGUCCCAGUAGGAGGAUGAAGGACCAGAGCCAGUGACCUCCCACAGGAUGGAAGUAUGGAUGAUGCUCUUUGAGGCAUGAUUUAAAGAGGAUACGUGCAGCUCUAACUUUUCCCGCCCCCCUAUCUACCCCAGAGCAGAACUGGGAAGCAAAGCGGAGGGUCUUGUAACUAAGAUCUCCACUAACCGUUCUUGCCUCCUUGCAGGGGAAGUUGACUUCCUUAAAUGCAGAACUUGCCAUAGGUGAAGUUGGACAAGGAUGGGUGCAAUCUGCUACCUUGAUGUCUCUUCUAGCAAUCAAGCUUCCACAUCCAAGGUGGACAAGUUUUGGGUUUUUUAGGACUUUUUUGAGGGAUGGGGUGGAUGUGGAGAAGUCAUGUCAAACACGCAUCUGGUAUGUCUUGUGUUUGGAUGAGGCCUCUCUGGUGUCUUACCAGAAUGCAGCUCUCCAUGGGUAUGCCUUCUUUUGUAAAUACAGGACCUGUUCUGCAUCAGUAAGGCCCAAGUACUAAAAUAACAGGAUGAUACACAUCCGCGAGACCUUAGCGUGAUGUCUCCGCUCUGGAAUUGCUGCUAGCGUCUCUGACUUCUCGUUCUUUACCACGUGCCUUGCUCAUAGUAUCAGACCCAAUGGGAUACUGGAGAGGUGCAGAUUGCUCAGGAUGGUCCCUUGGUAUCAAUUGUUGUCUCGUAGGUUGACUUUUUUUUUCUUUCUCAUGUGUUUAAUUGGGUGUGUCCUAAAAUACCUGUUGCUUAUUGAUCUUAAGGGUUAUGUAAUGCUGAUCUAACCCCUUGAUCUGCAGCGUUGACCAAAGCACAAGGCUUGUUCCAGCUUGUCUGAGAACAUUUAGCCUUGCUACCACUAGCCAAGUUGGUUGUAAAAGCAAUAAUGUAAACAGGUGUGGAACAUGCACACUGAACAGGCCAAACGGGUUGGAUGGAGGAUAGCCUUUUUUUGCUGCCACUUCCUGGGCAUUAAAAAUAAAAAUCCCAGGGAUUUGAUGGACUCAGAAGCCUUAAACAGAGACCUGAGAGUGUUGCCUCUGCCUUGUGAAGAUGGAGUCAAGGUGCACCUAACCUCCUGUCCACGGGGCAGAGGUGGAGACAGAUCUUGGCAGCUGAGGUGGUUCUGCUUGGCUGCCAAGGACACACAGUCCAGGGCUCAAACAGUAAACCACAACUAGAAGUAACCAAACAAGAGGGCCCAUCAGUUAAUUUGAGUUUACAGACCAACACAGAGGUGCCCAUCUGAGGCCAUCCAUCUGUGGGGUGCAUCUGGAAGGGGAUCUGAAUUGAAUCAAACCAGCACUUUCUCUCUCUGUGUGUGUGUGUGUGUGUGUGUGUGUGUGUGUGUGUCAGACAAGUAGCUGCAUAAUGGAGGCAAACCACCUUGGAGCUGUCCUAGGCUUCUGGGCCCCAGGCUCCCAUCGAGGAAAAGCUGGGGGGUGGGCGUCUGACUUUUGCCAAAGAGAAUAAUCUUGCAAGUGUUGAUCUUGUAUUUGCCUAUGGAGAAUGGAAAAGUGCCUCUGGGCAGUAAGGGAGUUGCCUGCUGCUCUGUUUUAACUGUGUACUGAAAAUAAUGUAUUGAAGGAAUGCAUAUACUUUUUAUAAAAGCAGUUAUUUCAA